AUGUCUACAACGGCAUCAUUCAAAGAAUUAGCUGAAGAGUGGGGCAAAUCUACUUCAUCAAAUGCAAAUGGCGGUGGUUCAAGAGUCGUCAUGCCUGGAGAUGACGAUAAAGAAAUGCGCAAAGAAGCCAUUAACUUAAAGUAUGAUUUAAAACUGGAAGACGCAGAAGGAUUUCCGAAAAGUGAACCACAAAUCAAGUACAGCGGUCUAAUACCAAAUGACACCGAUAAAAAAAUAGAAAAGACUGAAGAGCUUGAGGUAGGAACAACGUGGGAAGCUACAGCGCGUGUCACAACGGGUGUGAAAGUGGCAGUAGGUGCUAACUUUGGUGUGAAAGAUAUUGGAGGUAUUGACAUGAAUGUUGAAGUAAAUUUAGAAAACGAAGAGACUAAAUCAAAGUCUCACCAUCAAAACCAUAAAGAAUCGUAUAAAUUUGACAUUGAUCCACGUACUACAGUUAGAGAUUAUUUAGAAUUAUCGGAACAGACUCAAAAAAUACCGUUUAAAGGAAAAUUAUAUGUCGAAGGCAAUGUUGGUGUUUAUUUCGACAAUAAAAUAUGUAAUGCAUACGGCGAUGGUGGAACUGAAUACCAUUAUAAAUGGUUUCCUGAUGCACAAAGAAUCGUCAAAUGGGCUAAAGAAAAUGGCUAUAAAAACUGGGACAUAGAUGGUGAUGGUCGCGCCUACUCAGUUAUUGAAGGUGAAUCAGAGAUUAAAGUCUUUUCUACUAAGAAGGCGCUAGAAAAAAUAGACCCUCAAAAAUAA